UUUUCUCUUUGGCCAGACGCAUGGAAAAGCUUCGUUCAUCAUUUGAUGCCUAUGUAUCACCAUAACUUUAAAGAUUUGACAUUUGUCUACUCCAACGUUGACACGAUUUAAUCAAGCCGCGAGCUUUUGUAAGGUACGGGCAGCAGAUAGCCAAAUAAGUUAUUUAUUUUAACGAGAAGCUAUUUAGCUGUUAGCAUCCACUUCUAAGCCAUGCUGUUAAAUAUUGUACAUGGAACAGAGUCUGGGGGCUUCAUAGUAAUUGAAGAUACUGUCAAAUACUCCGGUCGGGAAAUCUUGAAGUGUUUUAUUAAUGCUGCUUUAAAAAGGGGCGAGGACGUGCAUGUCAUGGGAUUCGAGACCUCUGAAGCGGAAUUGCGUGCUGGCUUGGACAGCAGCUGUGUGCAAAAGAUUCAUUUUCAUAAGGGUCAUCCUGAUCCCCUUGGCUGGACUUGCAAAUCCUCAUUCACGGUUCAGCAGUUCACUACUCGUGACAUAACUCGGCUUGUCCAAAACACACCGUAUAACAAAGCGUCAGUGCUUAUUGUUGACUCUCUCUCAUUCGUUUUAAGGCAUCAUCAACCUGUUGUCAUCUGUCAGAGACUUCAAGAGCUCAAGAAAGUUGGAGUUGUAAAAACAAUUGUUGGCCUCCUGCAUUCAGACUUGCAUUUGCAAGGUGUUGUAGAGAGUGUUUGCCACUUAGCCAAUGCUGUUAUCUCUGUGGCACCUGCAAACAAUGAGCACUGUGGUGUGGCUAAGACCACACGACGAACAAAGUCAGGCAAACUUAUGCAAGAGGAAGAGUACUUUGAUAUGUCAGAGGAUGCAGCCCUCUCUGUACAGACACGACCCCAUCAACCUGGGCAUGUACAGACAGAGCCAGACAAACCCAAGGCUGACCCAACAUCAAACUUGACCUUUAAUCUUCGCCUGUCUAAGAAGGAAAAGGAAGCCAAGGAGAAGGUGGCACUGCCAUUUGUAUUUAGCCAGGAAAAAAAGUCAGCUCUCCUGAGGCCGACCCCUGGCUCCGGAAGGAUCACGUACGAGCCUGAUGCUAAUGAUGACUUCGAUGAAGAGGAUCCAGAUGAUGAUCUUGAUGUGUAAAUGAGGACGGCUCAGAUCCUUGUGUGACAGUGCCAUAUAUCAGCUACAUUUCAUGGCACGAAGGACAUGAUUUAUUGUAUACUUUAAAAUGGUCAUGAUACCAGAAUAUGAUGAACAUAUUUGUGAUGAUGGGUAUGAAAUUCUUAAGCAUGCAACGGACUGUAGUUUUAAACUGAGUAUCAUAUUUUUCAUUAGAAAUAUGAGUUCUAUAGAAAUUCUUAGUUGUUUUCAUGCUUAUUUUCACAUAAUUAAAAAAACAAGAAAUGUUUCACCUUAAAUAAAAAAUAU